AUUCAAUUUUUUUUAGAAUUGUAAGUUAGUCGGUUUAGAACUUUGUGGAUUUCUUCAAUAAAGAACGAUUCAAGAAUGAAUUGCAAAAUUUACGAAUACGAAAUUUCCCAUAAUCUCUUCUUGCAGAAAAAUUUUCAUUCUUAUUCCAACGUCUUCCUCUUCACCAAUAAAUGCCUCAGUGUGUCGGUUUUCUUUAAUUUCUUCCUCCCACUCCUCGCUGGUGUGGACAAGGAUAUAUUCCUGCGGGCAACUAUAAGUGGACUCAUUGCUGACUACGUGAAUUCUCUGUCGAAAUGGGUUUUAGCUGAACCACGCCCCCAUUGGUGGGCUCGUGGGGAACAUCGUCGUUUGAGGCUGGAGCAGUACGAUGGGACCUGCGAAUGCACUCCAGGAUCACCAUCAAGUGAAGCAAUGGUGACUGCGGCUGUUCUCUUUGUCGUCCUCAGUGGCCUGAUUGAGAGAUUUCAGCAUCAAAUCACUCCGUGCUGGAAGAAAUUCAUCUGGAUGACCUACGUGCUGCUGCUGAUGCUUCAAAUGAUUUCUCAACUCUUCCUGGGAGUUCAUUUUCUCCACCAAUGCCUUCUUGGGUCCAUUACUGGCGCCAUAAUUGGAAGCUUUCUGUCCUCACCGAGAAUCUUUGAGGAAAUCUGCAAAAUAUCAAAACUGAAAAGCUGCUCACUGAUUGUUGGGAUCUUCCUGAUAAUUUGUGGAAGCUACUGGAUACAAGAUCACUACGGAGUUGAUCCCAAUUGGUCCACAAGAUUGGCUUUCUUAUACUGCGAAAAUGCAAAUGCAAUAAAUCCAGAAUACCUCAUAAUGUACUUCUUAAUGCGAAAUUUGGGAAUUUUCAUUGGAAUUCUCUCCUUUGCACCCCUAAAUUACUGCAGACCAUUUAUUUCAAAUUCUUGUACAUCUGCAACCACCAACAUCGGAAAAAUGAUUAUUGGAUCAAUUUUAAUGCGCUACAUUCCCCGCCAUUUUGGUGUGUACAACUUCUAUGGUCUAACAGUGGCUUUCUAUGCAAUCUAUUACUUUAUUUUAUAUAAGAAUUUUAGGUAGAACUGGAGAAAAUAAUAAAAUUCUAGAAAUCAACAA